AUGGCAGCGAUUGGAGGGCGUGUGGCAAAGACGGUGUCGGCACUGGCCGAGGCAUGGUGUGUGCGGACCGGGGCAAAUAGCGUGGGUAAAGCGCUGGCAGUGGACGAGCUCAGUAACGUGUGGCGCGGCUUGCCUUACCGCAUGCCGACGGAUGACAACGCGCUGGCUAACAUGGUGAGCCGCGGCUUGCUGAGUGCCGAGAAGGCCGAGGUUGUGGCGGCAGGAUGCGCGCCGGUGGCGCUGGCGUCGAUGCGGGGAGUGCUGGAGGCGUUUGCGCGGGUCCAGGCGACUGAGAUCGGCGCCGACGCUGCGAGGCAACUGUACGGCGACGGGUCGGCGGAAGCGGUGAUGGCGCGGCUGGUGGCCAAGCGGCCGCUGAUGUUCAUGAACGGCAACGACUCGCAUUUGUUGCGCGACGGAACGAGCCGGGGCUGGGGUGUGCCGGAGCCGCGAGCCGAGUACAUGGACUACGACGAGAUGGUGUACUCUGCGCUCAUUGGGGUCUCGUGCGUGACGCCGUUCAUCAACCAGGGCGGGCGCUACAACCGGGGCAUCUUUGUGGGCGAGGACACGUGGGCAGAUGAGGUCGAGCCGCUGGGGGUUUAUGUGGGCAUGGUCGGGGCGCGGUUCGAGGUGCGGGGCAAGAUGGAGUUCUCGUACUGCGGGUUGGCGCAGGAUGAGGCGGUGCCAGCGGCCGGUUACGGUGACCCGAGCCAUCCGGAAUAUGAGGCAUCGGCGCAGCUCAAUGUGUUGGCGGCAGCGCUGGGCGUGGCACGGUUUCCGAGCUACGAUGAGGCGGUGCAAGGAGCAGCGCGCGGCGCCGAAUGCGGGGACGUGGCCAGCCACCCUGACGAAGCACUGGCCUUGCUGCCCGAGGCAGUGACAACAGCAGUGUCGCGUGUGCUGGAGCAGGUGCCGCGGUUUGCGCCUCUGCGCUCGAGCGCGGUGCUGGACACGUUGGUGUACGCACGGCGCAUGGCGGCGAGCGCAUUGCUGUUCCUGAGGGAGGCCAACGCGCGUGGGGCGGCUGCGGGGCAGCCUGCAUACUGCCAUGUAGUUGGGCUUGGGCUUGGGGUGUGGCAAGUGACCGAUUUCCAGGCGCAGGUGUUUGUGGAUGUGUUUGGCGCUGUCCUCAAGGCCGAGGCUCUGGAGCACGUUGGCAUUUCGUGCGCGGGGGUAGGGGCUGGCGAGGUGUGCGGCCUCGGCUCGACGCGGGUCCAGUUCUCGAAGCGCGAUCCGGCGGCCAAGCUCAAGGGCGAGUUUGCCGACCAUGUGCUCGUGGCCAUGUACGCGUGGGACUCGAACGCGUACCCGGGCAAUGAGUACUGGGUCGGGGCGCUGUCGGCGUCGGGAGACCCGGCGGCAGCGUGCUGCUCGGCGAUUCCGGAGCUGCAGAAUCCGGAUGUGAACCCGUUUGUGGAAGGCGACAAUGUGGUGUGGUUGUGA